AUGGCAGGAAACUGCUCUUACACCAACAAUGACAACCAUGAGGACAGAGACAGAUUCAGCGGCAAACCUCCAGUCUUUGAUGGAGAAAACUUUGAUUACUGGAAAGACAGAAUUGAAAGCUUCUUUCUGGCACAUGAUGUUGAUCUGUGGGAUAUGGUGACAGAUGGAUACACGCACCCUGUGAAUGCAAGCGGUCAGAAGAUUGAUAGAAAAACAAUGUCUGACCAACAAAAGCGUGACUUCAAGAAUCACCACAAGGCCAGAACCAUCCUUCUCAGCGUCAUCUCCUAUACUGAAUAUGAAAAGAUCUCCAACAGAGACACAACAAAGAACAUUUUUUACUCACUCAGAAUGACGCAUGAGGGCAACGUUCAGGUCAAAGAAACUAAAGCUCUGGCGCUCAUUCAGAAGUAUGAGGCGUUCAAAAUGGAAGAAUCUGAAUCCAUUGAAACAAUGUUCUCAAGAUUCCAGAUUCUGGUAGCUGGUCUCAAGGUUCUGGACAAAGGAUACUCCACUGCUGACCAUGUCAAGAAAAUCAUCAGAAGUUUACCCAAGCAGUGGAGACCAAUGGUUACUGCUCUGAAGCUAGCAAAAGAUCUGAACAAAAUCACUCUGGAGGAACUUAUCAGCUCCCUCAGAAGUCAUGAGAUAGAGCUAGAAGCUGACGAGCCUCAGAAGCAAGGUAAGCCUUUAGCAUUAAAAUCUAACAAAAAAUCUGAGUCUAAAGCUUUGCAGGCAGUUGAAGAAACAUCUGAUGGAUCCUCAUCAGAAGAAGACGAACUCUCCCUCCUCUCCAGAAGAGUAAAUCAACUGUGGAAGCAGAGGCAAAGGAAGUUCAGGAAUCCCAGAAGAUCUGAUCAGAACGAGUCCUCUUCCAGAUACAGAAGGACAGAUUCUUCCUCUGGAUACAGAAGAUCUGAAGGCUCCUCAAGUAGCAAAAAGCCAAACACCAAGGACAUCAUCUGCUAUGAGUGCAAUGAGCAAGGACACUACAAGAGUGACUGCCCAAAGCUUCAGAGGGAAAAGCCCAAAAAGAAGUUUGGAAGAGAGAAGAAGAAAAGUCUCAUGGCUACAUGGGAUGACUCUGACUCGUCUGAAGCUGACUCAGAAUCAGAUGAUGAGAGGGCAAACAUAGCUCUCAUGGCUAACAUUUCAGAAGAUAGUGAAGCUUCUGAAUCAGACUCUGAACCAGACACUGAAGAGGUAUUUCCUAACUUUGUUGUUAAUUUUACCAAGGAUGAACUUGCUGAAAGCCUUAAUGAAAUUCUGGAAAGGUAUCAGCAAAUUAGAGUUAAAUUCAGAGACCUGAAAAGGAAUCUUGAAUCUGACUCUAAUAAGACUGAGAGUCUCAAAUUGGAGAAUUCUGAGCUGAGAAAUAAGAUUUCAAAAUUAGAAAAUACUUUACAAAACUCUCAGAAGGAACCAAUUUCUGAAACUCCCAGCAACGCUGAUGAGAUCAUCAAGGAGUAUGAUCACAGUUUCCAGAAGUUCCUUGCUAAAAGCAUAGAUAGAAGCAAAAUGGCUUCAAUGAUCUAUGGAGUUAGCAGAAACGGCAGGAAAGGAAUAGGAUACCAAGGUAAGGUUCCUACACCAAAGAAUGUCAUGGACUUAACCAUUAAACACACUCCUCUGAAUUCACAUUUUGUGUAUGGUCACACACAUGAUAUUAAAUACACUAGCAGUAAGUACUCUGUGAAACCAAAAUUCAACCAGAGUUUUGGUAAAACUAACAAAUCAGGACCCAAGAAAAUCUGGGUACCUAAGGAUAAAAUAAUACAUGUUGCAGAUAUCUUUAGCAGCAAGUCAGAAACACCAGUCAUGGUACCUGGACUCUGGCUGCUCGCGACACAUGACGGGAAGAAGGCAUAUGUUCCAAAGCCUGGAACUUAA